UGAUCUGGCAACGCCGUUUGGAAAAACUUUAAACGUUCACUGAACUAUAAAACUGAUUGAUCUGGCAGCCUGAGCUACUUUCCAGUGCUCCUUUCAGUAUAUUCAGCAGGCGACGACUGCUCGCUGUCAACUGUCAGGAAUUGGAUGAUUUGCAGUUUUCCAGUUCUCUCAUUAUUCUAUUAAACUCGUCCGAGCAACACAAGAAAAGUCUCAUAUUCAUUAUACUCAUACGGCUUUUUUUUUUCGUAUGUUUUUACCAAAAAAAAAAAAAAAAACGUAUUUGAAACCAAAAAAAAAAACCCAACCUCACAAUAAAAAAGAAAAAAAGAGCCGUUAACGUGUGGCAUAAGCAAGUUUUGAGCAAAAGUUUUACGAAAUAGGCGCUAUAUUGCAGAAGUACUUUAAAGUAACUCAAACCAUGGGCUACGACAACUACAACAACGGCACCGAGGUGGCCGAGUCCGGGCAGGCCAUCUACGCCGGCGGCAACGGGACCAACGUGGUGGCCGAUGAGCAAUUCGCUGUCGCCGCGGCCGAGCUGCAGCCGUCGCUGAACCGCGUGCUCAGCUCGAUUGACUACGAUCUGUGCUUCAAGCAUCCGCUGGAGCACACCUGGACGCUGUGGCACUGGGAGAACGAUCGCACCAAGUCCUGGUCCGACAUGCUGAGCGAUGUGACCAGCUUCAAUACUGUCGAGGAUUUCUUCAGUGUCUACUACUUUAUUAAGCCGCCAUCGGAUCUUAAAGUAUUCAAUGAUUAUAUGGUGUUCAAGCAUGGCAUACGUCCCAUGUGGGAGGAUGAUGUCAACAAGGACGGCGGUCGUUGGGUCAUGUUUUUGGACAAGGACUCGAAGGAACUGGUGGACAAGUUGUGGCAUGAUUUGCUUCUGUGCACCAUUGGCGAGUGCUUUGAGUAUUCGGAGCAGAUCUGUGGCGUGGUUAUCAAUGUGCGCAACAAGGCAAGCAAGAUAUCUCUGUGGACCAAGGACUCGCGCAAUCAGCAGGCUAUUCUGGCCAUUGGACACAAGAUGAAGCAGCUGCUGCAGCUGCGCGAGGUGGAGCUGCAGUACCAGGUGCACAAGGAUGCCAUGGUUCAGGCCGGGCCGAAUGUCAAUGCUAUUUACAAAUUGUAAAUUCCGAGCAAAGCAAGUCCGGCUAAGCUGGCUUUCCACGGAAGCGUUUACUUAGUUUAAGUACUCACCUGUCGGCCCUGUCGUCAAAUGCUCAACCUUAGGCUAGAACUUGGGCAUUUGCACGAUCGGACGAUCCCCCUUCCUAUACCCCACUCCAUAUAUGUAUAUCUUCAGCUCUCUAGCUAGCGUGCAUUUUGCUUAUAACUGAAAAUAACUCUUUAUACAUGAACAAUUUAUACACUCUCGUACGCACACCACACACACACACGCACACACACACACACAUUCACAGACAGACAGUCAGGCAACUACCUAUACACCCAUACGCACAUAUAUACAUGUAUAUCUGUCAACAUAUAUGUAUAUAUGCAUAUGUACAUGAGAUACCUUGCUGUACUGUAUGUACUCAUAGCUAACGAAUAAAGCGAUUGCAAUAUGUUGCAUGAAAU